CAAAAGCUUAUGAAAUCUUUACAUCUCUUCCUUGUCAUUACUUUGUUUGUCUGCGGAACACAGAAGUUGGCAGGCAAUCCAGCUACACCAGUUUUACAAGUCAGUGCAGGAACUGAUGGAACAAUCUUGAAACACUAAUGUCAUGUUAGAGUGAGGAUGAAAUGAGUAAAAGGGAGGGCGUUAUAAAGACCGCCCACUUGAUUUUAUAACCCACGAGACGUUUCCGGGAAUUCAGUUAACACACAAAACAGUGGAUUUAGACCGAGCAGCGAGACAACAGCAGCAGCAGCGAACGCACCACGAGAUGUGGUAGUAUCGCGAGAAUCUACGAGGCAGCAGAAUCCAACAUGGCGAGAUUCAGCACCUGGUGACAGAAUCACGUACGGCACCUCAUCACCCAACACCAAAAAGCACGUGUUUGCAGGUCAAGAUGGAUCAAAAGACGGGGAAUGAGAUGCCUGACUGUGGGACUGUUCCCAAAAACAAAAACACGAAUACAGCCAAAGUAAAGAAGGAGGAAGAUAAUGUUCCCGUGACGGAUAAAGUCAAAGUAAAGAAGGAGGAAGAUGAUGUUCCCGUGAAUGCACAUGAAUAUCACACCUUCACAGUGAAGUUCAAAAAAGGGGGGCGUAAUUUGACUGUGGAGUGUAAACAACCCAGCACGGUGUUGGAGGCCAUAAAGUCAUUUCUGGGGGAAAAAUUUAAGUAUAUUACAUGGGCUGAUGAGAAGCUCUUGAUUAAGUUGGGUGACAUUUAUGCGUCACCUUGUGUUCCAACACAUUUCCCGUGUUCUUGUGUUGAGGAGGGUGAGUGUCUCACCAUUACCACACUUGCCAAACCUGUAGAGGCCAAAAACCCAGAAAGGUACCCAAUCCUACCAAAAGAGCGAUAUUCCAUCUUCUCCAUCAACAAAGAAGGAGGAGAAAACACCAAAUCCAAAGCAAAAGAGGUUUUCAGAGAGACGCAUUACUUGAGUAAGCUGGAGUAUUUCUGUGUUUAUGGGGAGAAGGGAACGACUGUGGAGGAGGCUCUGAAACGAGACGGCCGCUUCGUUGAGGGCCUCACGGACUUCGAAUUGUCAGACGAGAAUAAGCCUGAAACCUUCACCAUGUCCACACAGACUGUAAAUAACCUGCACGACAAGAAGUUCAAGAUAUGUCUCUCCCCAAAAAAAAGCACCGAACCAGUGAAGCAGCCAAAAACUGCAUCAAAGAAUCUACAAAGCAGUAAAUCAAAACCAGAAUCAGAGAUGAAGAAGGGAGGGGAAGAAAAAACCAAUGACAUCAUCGAUUUAGCUGCUAAGAAAACAAUAAGUUUAGGAAAAGCAAUGAAGGAGAAACAGAGUGGGGUUGAUUUAGAGGAGAUCAAUGAACUUCUCCGUAAACAGUUUCCAGAUCUGAAACAGUGGAUGGAGAGCAGGUUCCCUGGCAAGUCUUUUCAGGAAGAACUGGAGCUGAAGAAGGAGAACUUUGGAAAGAUCCAGCAGUCUUUUAGUGAAGUUCACAGAAUAGAGUUGGUGUUGAAGCGCAGUGAGUCUGUUUGUCGGAUAAUGAUCAGUGUUCCCCGUUUAGAAAUCAAGGAACAUCCUCUGGGAACAGGCUUUGUGCUUUUUGACAACUUUGUCUUGACGAAUAGGCACUUAUUUGAUGCAUGGAUCACAGAGGGAAGUGAUGAAUUGUUGACAAAUGUCAGUUUAACGGCACAGUUCCAUUUUAAAAAACCUGGAGACACAGGUCUGGAGUUUCCCGCUAAAGUGAUUUUUCGCAGUGAUACACUAGAUUUCGCUCUACUUAAGCUUGAUGACCAAAAGAAGACAGUCCCACCAGGACUGCUGGAGUGGUUUUGGUCUCCACCAAAGAAAGGUGAGGCCUGUAUUGUUGGUCAUCCAGGUGGAGGAGUGAAGAGGCUGGAUCCUACAUGUGUCAUUGAGAAAAAUCAGCGGGGGUCGGCCGUCCGUCAGAAUUUAGCCAAGUACAAGAUCGAUCCUUUAGUCAUCUACAAUCUCAAUCAAUGCAUGCAAAAUGAUCCAUACGCAGAUAUUUGCGUGACCUACAACACCUCCAUGUAUCACUAUUCCUCCGGCUCCCCAGUGUUUGAUAGUUUUGGGCAAGUUUUUGGUUUACAUAGUGGCAGCUUUCUCUUCGACUAUCCAAUCCCUGGUGAGAGUGUGAUUGAGUAUUGCUAUCCUCUGCUUUACAUAUUUAAAGAGCUUGUGGGGGCCCUAAAGGUACGUGGAUCAACAGAGUUGUUGUUGAGGAUUCAGCAGGAGGCAAAGGGAAACCAAUACUUAGAAAACAUCCUGGCAUCUGUGUUGGGGACAAGUGGACAUGUGGUCCAGACUCGACAGGAUCAGGAGGAAGGGAACGAAGGUGAAUCCCAAGGAGAUACUCGGAGUGUAGAGGAAAUGGAAAUAAAUUAGGUUUCCGGAACUUUCAUGAGGCGAAACAUCUGACAACUAUAUAUAUAUAUAUAUAUAUAUAUAUAUAUAUAUAUAUAUAUAUAUAUAUAUAUAUAUAUAUAUAAAUAUCAUCUGCAAAAAAAGGAAAGAAAAAGGGUUUGAUUGAAUAGAUUUUUGUUACUUUCAUUUUUGUGCGUUGGUUACCGUUGUUGAAAAUAAUUUGUGAUGUCUUGGUACCAAAAUCAGAAAUAUUACUGUUGUUGCAAAGUUUCCUGCUCACAAAGAAGCAUUUUUUUAAACUUGUUUUUAGACUUGUCUGCGUUUUGGAAACCGUUUUGAAUUGUAAAUAGCAACAUUUACGUCAAGAGUUUUAAAGGCCUGUUAAAGCUACUCUAUGCAUUAAUACCAGAUCUGUCCACAUGGGGGCAGCACGUCACAUGAACGUGCAUGAGUCGGUCACUGGCCAAAGACAGGAGGAAGUUCAGCUCUAAGACGCAUUACUAGACGUGCCGGACCGUCCUGACUGGUGGUGGAGUGUCAUCAGCCAGUUUUAUCCCCCCUAAACCAGAAACAGUAAAAAACAAUUAAAAAAAUACCCAAGUGGCCUUAUUUUAUAUGACUAAAAUAAAGAAAAACAUCCUAUGAUGAAAUAAAUAAGUUUUCUGUCAUUUUGUAGAGACUUUAGACCAAUAACAACAUUUUUAUGGCUUUUAACUUGUUGGCUGUGCUUUUACUUUGAAAUAAGAUUGUCUCUUAAAACUGAUCAAUCCUGUGGAGCAAAGGUGAAAUACGGGUUUAUUCUUCUUCAUUAUCUGUGUGUAACAGUAAUAAUGUUUUAUAAACCGUGGAGACAGAAUCGGUGUAAUUAUCAUCUAUUUAAGUUAUUGGUUUAAGUCUAUGUUGGUUGUGUAUGAUGGACGUUUAUAAGGAAUUUGUGAUUAUUCGGAUGUGUUUUAGUUGUAGAAAAGCAACUUUUCCCUUUUUCUUUCAAACUACAUUAUUUAUGUUGCUUUUAAAACACUUUAUGUAACAAAAAUUGUAUGAAUUAUAUGAAAAGUGUUUAAUAAAGUUUGAUGGCUUGAUUUAAAUAAGGUGUCCAGUGGGUUCAUGUUAAAAGACUUAAAUAUAAGAAAGUAUUCUGUCCUCAAUUCAGACUUUUAUCAUCUAUCGGUUACAAAUAAAUAAAAACAAGUCGAUGUUUUAACUGCAGCACUCUGAUAACAGUCUGUUUACAUCUUUUUAUAAAUUAAAUUUAUAGUGAAUUUAAAUUGAAGUCACAGCUACAGUUUACAACAGUUUUCAAGGGUUAAAGGUCAUUGUUUCUGUCACGUAUCGUGGCGUCCAUGAAUGUGGACCAGAGACAGCAAUAGAUGUCUGAGGACAUCAGGAAGAACCUUCUGGACCAGCAUGUUAAAGACUAAAGACCGUCUCCAAGCAGCUGGAUGUCCCUGAGACCACAGUUGGACAUUUUAUUCAGAAGUUUAGGCUCCACAGGACUGUAGACAAUCUGGUAGAGGACACAAGUGGACACCUGAGGACAAACUGAAGAGACGGGUAAUAUAGACACAGAAAAUGGUCUGAAAACAUAUAACUGUGUAACGGAGUUAAAAAUGCAUUUUAUUAAUUAUUAUUUCCAAUUGAUGUUGAGAUAAAUAUAUUUGUGAAUUUUACCUCAA